AUGGCUGGAAUGAAAUAUGAGCAACCAGAUCCAUUUGGAGGACACACUGCUUUCAGGAGUGACAUCUGCUCCAAAACCAGGGGGCUCGUCUCCGCCGGCGUCGUCUCCGCCGGCGUCGUCUCCGCCGGCGUCGUCUCCGCCGGCGUCGUCUCCGCCGGCGUCGUCUCCGCCGGCGUCGUCUCCGCCGGCGUCGUCUCCGCCGGCGUCGUCUCCGCCGGCGUCGUCUCCGCCGGCGUCGUCUCCGCCGGCGUCGUCUCCGCCGGCGUCGUCUCCGCCGGCGUCGUCUCCGCCGGCGUCGUCUCCGCCGGCGUCGUCUCCGCCGGCGUCGUCUCCGCCGGCGUCGUCUCCGCCGGCGUCGUCUCCGCCGGCGUCGUCUCCGCCGGCGUCGUCUCCGCCGGCGUCGUCUCCGCCGGCGUCGUCUCCGCCGGCGUCGUCUCCGCCGGCGUCGUCUCCGCCGGCGUCGUCUCCGCCGGCGUCGUCUCCGCCGGCGUCGUCUCCGCCGGCGUCGUCUCCGCCGGCGUCGUCUCCGCCGGCGUCGUCUCCGCCGGCGUCGUCUCCGCCGGCGUCGUCUCCGCCGGCGUCGUCUCCGCCGGCGUCGUCUCCGCCGGCGUCGUCUCCGCCGGCGUCGUCUCCGCCGGCGUCGUCUCCGCCGGCGUCGUCUCCGCCGGCGUCGUCUCCGCCGGCGUCGUCUCCGCCGGCGUCGUCUCCGCCGGCGUCGUCUCCGCCGGCGUCGUCUCCGCCGGCGUCGUCUCCGCCGGCGUCGUCUCCGCCGGCGUCGUCUCCGCCGGCGUCGUCUCCGCCGGCGUCGUCUCCGCCGGCGUCGUCUCCGCCGGCGUCGUCUCCGCCGGCGUCGUCUCCGCCGGCGUCGUCUCCGCCGGCGUCGUCUCCGCCGGCGUCGUCUCCGCCGGCGUCGUCUCCGCCGGCGUCGUCUCCGCCGGCGUCGUCUCCGCCGGCGUCGUCUCCGCCGGCGUCGUCUCCGCCGGCGUCGUCUCCGCCGGCGUUCCUUCAGAGGAACUCUCCCAGCCCUCUAAGCCAAAGGACAGACGCGAGAAGGACCGGAACGUGUCCGCCUGCUGUCAAUAG